GAUGGAUAACGCCUAGCAGUCAGCUACAAUUAACUUCCUGAGGAUUGGCAGUCUCUAGAAUAUUAUUUUAUAACACUUGCAAUAUAAAGUAGUUUCCUUCUCAAAGGUCUGUGAACCGUAUCUUCGUGACGAUGUAAAACUUUAACUCCCCUUCUUAACCUUUUUUUUAUGCCAGAUGCGUAGUACGUCCAGUAGGAUUUGUUAAUUUUAUGACAUUAGGUGAUUUUUAAAAGGGUAUAAGUUCGAAAAUUCAGUACAGGAAGAGUUGAAAAAUAAAAGUUAUGAAAGUAUUUUUAUCUACAUAAGAAUGAUGACGUUUUAAAUCCUAUAAAAGGAGAGAAUAAAGUUAAUCAAUGUACAGAAGGUAGCUGAACCAUCGGAGCUUGAGAAAGUUCUUGAUCCAAAAUGUCUCCUUCCACUUGGGUCUUGUUAUGUUGUCUGGUGCAGAUUGUAAUCGCUCAAGAUUCUAACACUCCAUACACGGUCGGUGACAAUCCCGAUGGCGAUGGCUACCAGAAUGACGCCACACCUGACGCUACUGACGUCUCUGUCAACCAGAAUGACAUCACACCUGGCGUCUCUGUCAACCAGAAUGACAUCACACCUGGCGCCACUGACGUCUCUGUCAACCAGAAUGACAACACACCUGACCCCUCUGGGUACCAGAAUGACAACACACCUGACCCCUCUGGGUACCAGAAUGACAACACACCUGACCCCUCUGGCUACCAAAAUGAUGACAAUUCUGACCCCUCUGGCUAACAGAAUGACAGCUAGCCUAUCUAUCAGGUAUCUAUCAGAAUGACAACAGUCUUUUUUCUUGCUGUAAGAAUGACUACAAGCCUAACGACGAGAACUAUAGUUACAAGCUCUUUUGAGAUGACAACGAUGGAUAUAGCUACAACAAUAAAAAGGAUGCAGUAAGCGCGUACCCUCCAAAAGAGGAUAAGAAAAACGACUAAUACGAUAACGGAUGCUUUCUGAAGUAUUAUUGUAAGCCCAUAUAUUAUGACCAUCUUUCUAAAAGGAUGCUUAUAUACUUAAAUGCGGCUUUUUUAUCGUCCCAAAGACGAGAUAUCGUUCCUCAUACAAUAGCUACCUAUCUUUAAAAAAAUAUUCAGUAAAUCUUUGCCAUGUGGAUGGAGAUUUCAGAAGCUAGGUUUUCUUCCAAAUUGUUAUUGUUGUGAUUUUUCUCUUAGUAUUAAUUAUGUGUGAUCGCAGAUUAUUUCUUCCUGUCACCCUGCCGUGAGCAUCUGGAUCAUUAAAGGACACCUAGACUAUUAACAAAAUGUCAUUCUUUUGUUGGGCUAAUAAGAAACUGUGUUAUAAUUAAUAAACAGUGUUCAUGUUUCGAA